CCCUGCUCGCGCCGCCGCCGCCUCGAUUCGAGCCCCACCCAUGGCGAAGAAGCGGAAGCGCACCUCCGACGCCCCCGCCUCGGCGUGCGCGGCAGAGAAACCCGACGAGUUCGCGCCGGAGCGGCCCGAGCGCACCCUCUUCGGCUUCAAGGACAAGCCUGCCGACGAGCCCGAGCCCGAGGCCGCCUCUGAGGGCGGAGAGGACGCCGCAGUGGCGCCGUUCCGCAACAAGGAGAAGGUGCUUGUGACCUGCUCCCGCCGAAUCAUCUACCGGUAUCGGCAUCUGAUGCUGAACGUGGUGUCGCUGCUGCCGCACGCCAAGAAGGACAGCAAGGUUGAGUCGAAGCAGAGCAAGGGCAACGCGCUCAACGAGCUGCUCGAGCUCAGGAGCUGCUCCAGCUGCCUCUUCUUUGAGUGCAGAAAACAGAAGGAUCUUUACCUUUGGAUGGUUAAGUCCCCCGGAGGACCAUCAGUGAAAUUCCUAGUUAAUGCUGUUCACACCAUGGAGGAAUUGAAGCUUACUGGGAACCAUUUGAAAGGGUCACGGCCUCUUCUAACAUUUUCUACAAAUUUUGAUGAGCAACCUCAUUGGAAGCUUGUGAAAGAAAUGCUUACUCAGAUUUUUGCUACUCCAAAAGACCACCGAAAGGCAAAACCUUUUCAUGAUCAUGUGUUUGUCUUCUCCAUCGUUGAUGACCAUGUUUGGUUCAGAAAUUAUCAGAUUUCUGUUCCACAUAAUGAGAUUGACAAGGUUGAUAAAGGAGGUCUGGAUAAGAUGACACUCGUUGAGGUUGGUCCAAGGUUCUGUUUGAAUCCAAUCAAAAUAUUUGGUGGUACUUUUGGUGGCCCUACAUUGUAUGAGAAUCCAUACUAUGUGUCUCCCAAUCAGAUCCGUGCACUAGAAAAGCGGAAGAAGGCUGGCAAAUAUGCCACGAAGGUGAAGGCCAAGGUGAGGAGGAAGAUGCACGAGAUGGAAAAUACCCUGGAGCCAGACGAAUUUGCUGAGCUUUGGAAAGGGGAGGACUAGUUCGGCUAUACCGAUUGAACCAUCAACCCCCGUUAAACUAGUUGAUCUCGCUGUCACCAGACACGAGUUUUGUUGACCGUCUUGUGGGAUUUUUUUGUAAGACAGCAUGUGUCUAUUAUUUACCUGAAGCAAUUAAUCGGAUUUAAGUGUCAUGUCCAACGUAUACGUAUCCACUCCCAUGCUUGAGUAUAGUUUGCCUUAGCAUUCUGAUUAAUGGAGCUUAUCAUGCUUAAGUAUGUUC